AUGAAAAAAAAGAGACAAGAAGAGGAGAAUGUUGCCUUUGAUACAGGGGUGCUGAGGGGUACGCCAGAGUCCUUGGAGGAGAAGGAGCGCCAACUCUCCACCAUGAUCGGUCAGCUGAUCAGUCUGAGGGAGCAGCUCCUCUCCGCUCAUGACGAGCAGAAAAAGAUGGCCGCCUCACAGCUGGAGAAGCAGAGGCAGCAGAUGGAGCUGGCCCGGCAGCAGCAGGAACAGAUCGCCAGACAACAGCAGCAGCUCCUGCAGCAGCAGCACAAGAUCAACAUUCUCCAACAACAGAUCCAGGUUCAGGGUCACAUGCCUCCUCUGAUGAUCCCCGUUUUUCCUCACGACCAGCGCUCUCUGGCUGCCGCCGCCGCUGCACAGCAAGGCUUCCUCUUCCCACCAGGCAUGUCCUAUAAGCCAGGUGAGAAUUACCCCAUGCAGUUCAUUCCAUCCACAAUGGCAGCUGCAGCAGCAUCUGGACUCAGCCCGUUACAACUACAGCAGCUGUAUGCCGCCCAGCUGGCGAGCAUGCAGAUCUCCCCUGGAGCCAAGAUGACUCCCCUCCCGCAGGCUCCAAACUCCUCCAGCCCCCUUUCCCCAUCCGCCCUGAAGAGCGAGAAGAGAGCAUCCAGUCCUGUCUCCCAAAUUAAGGAGGAGGGAUCCACACAGCCAUUGAACCUCUCAGCCAGACCCAAGACGGCCGACUCACUCCGCUCCUCAACAUCCCCGACACACAGUCUGUUCCACGGAAACAAGACCAGUCCAUCAGGCAUGGGAAAGGGCCGCAUCCCGAGCCCCAUCUCCAGCAUGGGCAGGAACACCUCUCUGGACAUCCUGUCCAGCCUCAACUCCACGGCGCUGUUCGGGGACCAGGACGCGGUGAUGAAGGCCAUCCAGGAGGCGAGGAGCAUGAGGGAGCAGAUCCAGAGGGAGCAGCUCCACCACCAGCAGCAUCAGCCGAGUCUGGAGGCCAAACUGUCGGCACUGAGCAGCAUGAGCCUGAACAACGGCAACAAGGAGCGGCUGCACUACGAGACGCUGAGCCAACACCUGGGGAAGCUCGGGGAGGACGCCGGGAAGAUGGUGCACCGAGUCAUUGACCUGACGAGGCCAGAAGAUCUGGAGGGGAACAGCGUCAUGGAGGCGCGAGUGUUCAGGGAGGCGCGGGGCAGGAACACCGCCGAGCCGCACAUCAAGAGGCCCAUGAACGCCUUCAUGGUGUGGGCCAAAGACGAGAGGAGAAAGAUACUGCAGACCUUCCCUGACAUGCACAACUCCAACAUCAGCAAGAUCCUGGGCUCUCGCUGGAAAGCCAUGACCAACCAGGAGAAGCAGCCGUACUACGAGGAGCAGGCCCGCCUGAGCAAGAUCCAUUUGGAGAAGUAUCCCAACUACAAGUACAAGCCGAGGCCCAAGAGGACCUGCAUCAUCGACGGCAAGAAGCUGAGGAUCGGAGAGUACAAGCAGAUGAUGCGGUCACGCCGUCAGGAGAUGAGGCAGUUCUUUGUGGGGCCUCAGCCCCCGAUUACUCUCGGCAGCAGCCCUGGCGGUGUAGGAGUUUACCCAGGCGCCAUAAGCAUGGCGACGACAGCCACCCCAUCCCCACACCUGACCUCAGACUGCUCCAGCAACUCAGCCAGCCCCGAACCCGCCAUCCCCGUCAUCCAGAGCACGUACGGGGUGAAGUCCGAGCCCGGCGGGGGGAGCAACGGCGGCGGGAUGGGAGCGCUGGAUCUGCCCAGCGACCCCGCCAACGGAGACGACGACAUGGACAUGUACGAGGACUUUGAGGACGAGCCCAAGUCAGACUAUAGCAGCGACCACGAGACACGGGAGGCCGUCAGCGCCAACUGAGCGUGCUGUUGUAAAAAAAAAAAAGAGGAAAGGAAAAAAAAAAACUCCUGUUACUCUCAGAGACACCUUUUAAAAAAAACAACACAGUUUAUUACAGAGACCUCCAGGCGGACUUUCAGGACAUGUACUGAGCAUGUCCAGACAGGAUUUAAACUCAGAGAACAUGCUCAGAAAGAUCUCGGACAGUAUGUUGAUGGAUACCCGUGUGAAGAGGAAGAAGAAGAAGAAGAGGAAGAAGAAGAAGAAGGCUGAUGGGGAAAAUGUGACCUGAGAAAAGCACCCUGAACAGACUGAAAGACAUCCAGCUGAUGAUAAACUUCAGCUUCCUACACUUUGACAAUCUUACAGAAUAAGAAAGAGAUAGAGAGGAAGACAGAGCGAGAGAGAAAGAGAGAGAGAAGAGAAGAGAAGAGAAGAGCGAUGAACACAUUGCUGUGUGGUUUGUAAAGAGCAUGCAUGGAUUUUGAAGCAUCAGGAAUUUGGUCUUCAACAGCUAUUUGGUCUUAAAUGUUUAAGGAGUGAUUUAGUUUUUAUCAUUAUGUAUUUACUUUUUGUGGGUUUUUAUUUCCUCCUCCUUUUUGUUUUCAUGUUUUUUUGCGUUCUCUCGACUCUUUCUGACAGGUCACUGCCUGUACAAACUCUGGACUGUCAGAACUUGAAAUUUUAAAAAGUUUUAAUAUAAAUCCUAGCUAUUGUAAUCUUAUAGUCUUACUUUUGUUUCUUACCA